AUAACUCAGCCGGCAAAUAUAUUCUUGUCCUCGUGUGUAGCCACUCUCUCACGUAACCCACCUACACUUAGAAUUUUUUCCCCGGAUUUUUAAGUAUUCUUGAUGUUAUUCUGUUUUUUUGUUUUUGUCUGCUUUCAAUGAGAGGUUGAUUCUAUAGCAGUGUUCAAGUUCCCUCUGUGCCCUGGUCCCAAGAAAAGGAGUUCACUCUAAUCUUCCAAAUUCCAAUAUUAAACUAUGGCCGUCCCCAACGUAUGCAUGGUUGCUACGUUUCUCCAUCCUUUUGUCUUUAACUAUCAUAGUCAUCCAUCCAGUGACCAUAAACUUAAACUAGUUCAGCACCAAUUACAGGCCAGCUUGCUUCUAGCAUUCAAAAGCUUAAGCCAUGUUCUACUUCUUCAGAAGAUUAUGCCUUCUUUGUUUCCUCUUGCUAUUCUUUGAUGUUUCACUGUAUUCAUGUGCUUCACUCAAAGAGUUGACUUCAUGCUUGGAUAAUCACAAUAUCAAAAACUUUACCACAUUCCCCUACAAAGAACAUGGGCAAUCCUCUUCCUAUAGUUACUUUAAAAUUCUCAAUUUUUCCAUCCAAAACCUUCGAUUCGCAGAACCCAUGAUUCCUAAGCCAAUAGCCAUUGUACUGCCAGAGAGUUUGGAGCAGCUACAGAAAAGUGUAGCAUGCUGUAGAGAAGGCUCCUUGGCAAUCAGAGUAAGAUGUGGUGGACACAGCUACGAAGGGACUUCGUAUGUUUCUGAUGAUGGCACUCCUUUUGUCAUCAUUGAUAUGAUGAAUCUGAAUCAUGUUUGGGUGGAAAUGGAGUCAGAGACAGCAUGGGUUGAAGGUGGUGCAACACUGGGAGAGACUUACUAUGCAAUCUCUCAGGCAAGCAAUGAACAUGGAUUCUCAGCUGGGUCGUGUCCAACUGUCGGAGUUGGAGGGCACAUUGGUGGAGGUGGAUUUGGGUUGUUGUCUAGAAAGUAUGGUCUUGCAGCAGAUAACGUGGUGGAUGCCCUUCUUGUUGAUGCUGAUGGGAAAUUGUUUGAUCGUGAAAGCAUGGGAGAAGAUGUGUUUUGGGCUAUUAGAGGAGGAGGAGGAGGUCUUUGGGGGAUUGUUUAUGCUUGGAAAAUCCAGGUGUUGAAAGUGCCACAAAUUGUUACUAGUUUCACCGUAUCUAGAACAAGCACAAAAAGUCAUGUUGCCAUGCUAGUGCACAAAUGGCAAUAUGUGGCACCCAACUUGGAAGGUGACUUCUACUUGUCAUGCUUUGUUGGUGCUGGUUUGCCCCAAGCUAAAACUACAGGGUUAUCAACAACAUUUAAUGGCUUCUAUCUCGGUCCUAUGGCUAGUGCCAUAUCCAUCCUAAACCAGGCUUUUCCUGAGUUGGGUUUAGUAGAAGAGGAAUGCAUAGAAAUGAGUUGGAUUCAAUCAGUUGUUUUCUUCUCUGGCCUAAGUGAUGGAGCCUUGGUCUCUGACUUGAAGAACAGGUAUCUGCAAGAAAAACAAUAUUUCAAGGCCAAAUCAGAUUAUGUAAAGCAACAUGUUCCUCUUGUGGGCAUAGAAACUGCACUGGAAAUUCUCGAAAAGGAGCCUAAGGGAUAUGUUAUUCUGGACCCUUAUGGUGGAAUUAUGCAUAAUAUAAGCAGUGAAUCUAUUGCUUUUCCCCACAGAAGAGGAAACCUGUUUACGAUUCAGUACCUGAUCUAUUGGAAAGAAGCUGACAAUGACAAAAGCAAAGAUUAUGUUGAUUGGAUAAGAGAGUUCUAUGCUGCUAUGACUCCCUUUGUUUCUUGGGGUCCAAGGGCUGCAUAUAUUAAUUACAUGGACUUUGACCUUGGAGUGAUGGAGGAGAUUAGCAAUGGUGCUAAUGAGAAAGAUGCUGUGGAAAAUGCAAGGGUUUGGGGUGAAAAGUACUUCUUGAGUAACUAUGACAGACUGGUGAGGGCCAAGACUUUGAUUGAUCCUAACAAUGUUUUCAACAAUGAACAGGGCAUUCCUCCCAUAUCUUUGACCAGUCCCAAUGUCAAAGCACAGAACACAUAAAUGAUGCCAUAUUUGUAAAUGGGAUUACCAUAUUCAUAUGAAUUGUGUGAUAUCACUGUGAUCCCGUGCAUCUGUGAGAAAAUGCAUUUCAUUUUAGAUUGAGCUUCAAUCAAUGGUAGUAACUGGAUCAAUCUAGCACUAGUAAGUUAAAAGUUGAAUAUGGACCAUGUACAAGCUCUAGAUUCAGUUUAUAGCACAUUUAUGCAGGUUGGUUGAAAUAUGAAAUGGAAUAUCUACCAAUAUCCUUUUUUGGUUUA